AUGGCGCCAACAAAACCACCUCGACAUGAGUGGUCCGAGCAGGAUCGUAUCCUGCUCGCACUGAGCUACAGAUUUUACCAAAACGAAAAGUCUGCCAUGUACAAGAUCUGGAACCAAAUCAACCAUGCGGUUCUUAUUCGCGAAGGCUUUGCGAACGGUGCUAUUGCGAACACCGCACUCAACAGCCAAUUCGCAGAGAUGAAGCGCACCCAGGCAACAGUCUACAGACAGGUGUUCGACCAGCCAGUUGAUGUCGUUCGCCGUCAAUUUCGGGUUCAUAAGGACCUGUUGGAGGACACCGCACAAAAGCUGAAUAUCUCGCUGGUCCUACGAGUACAUCCACCGGCACCAUCGACCGCGCAGCCAACCAAUAAUGCUCCACCACCAACUGUAGCUGGAGGUCCAUUUCGUCGAGAGGAUUGGAGUCCUUCAACAGUACGCUCGGAUCACAUUACAACCCAAAACAGCGAUCUCGAUUCGAGUCACGAGAGUCCUGUUGCCAGUCGACCGAAUCUACAGUCAUUCAUCUUUUCGGCCGACGGCUGGCAGCCCGCUGCACCUGCUGUCAAUCACACACCAGUCUCCGAUACCAGACAAACAGAAAACCACGUCAGCGAAGCUCAACCUACUACCAGACCAUCAUAUGUUCCCCGUUCAGUCUUCAAGGGAGUGUUUGUUCCACCGCCUCCGUCUACUGCACCUGCCACUCCUGUGGUCUACCUCCCCGAUACACUAGCCAACGUACGGAAGUCGCCAGUUCUACGAACUCCGUUCGACAGCGAAGGCGUCCUCGGAAAAUGGCAUCCCGUACUUCUCUUUCGCGCAUUCGAUCCUGAGCAUGGCCUGACUGCACGACGCUUCCUGGACGAACGCAGCAUUCCUAUGCCACCAACAGUUCUCUCUUCAGCAUUCAAGGACGAAGUCACUCCACACCUGCGUGGCGACACAACUUACCAGAGUCCUUUUCUGAGUCUGACCCAGAGCGCAAAUCGUGCCUUAGAUCUCAUCGAGGAAUCGGUUCAUCAGAAGUCAGUACGCAAGUAUAGCUCGGACGCACAGAAGUGGCUGGCGGUCUUCCUCUAUAACGACAUCGACGACGAAGCGCGUCAGCAGUUUGAUGGACAAGGUCUUCAUCGCAACAAGAUGAGGCCCAGACUGGUUCCGACCAUAUGCAAUGAUCAUGGUCUGGACAAUCUGCCAAAUGGUUACCGAGGAUUUGGCGAGUUUCUGGUUUGGGGCAAGUUGGACAGUCAACCUCUUCUGAUACUUGAUACAACCCUGGCCCUAGCGCUAAUCGAUGUUCUCAAGAACAUGACAAUGCUCUGUCCGGAAGCAGCUGAGGAUCUGCUGCCGUUCGUGAAGGAUGUCGUUCCCGAAUGGCGAGAUACUCUAGUGCGCGCGUUAGUGACAAGUCAGAAGAUACCAGGGGCAGAUCGGCCUGACAGUGCCACUUGGCAGACUUUCGCGGAUAUGUUCUACGCCGAGGAAGAUCAAGACGCUGCUAGAUCGAGGCGCGCCACUUCGCUCUUCUCGCACUUUACAGUUGAGCACGCCAAUGAUGGUGAGAAUGUCGUGAUCGUCGAGGAGGACGAGCACGACGUCGAAUCGAAACUACCGCGUACAACUGUGCCGAGAGUCACCAAUGAAGCUGAUCUUGGCGAGGAUGUUGAAAUGUAUGACGAGGGUGCUCAAGGCAUCGAAAACGAAGCUCAUAACAGCGACUCUGAGGACGAUUGGCAGACUGUGAGCACGAUCGGUCACACAUCUGUUGAUGAACACGGUAGCACUCCCGACGACUCAGUGACAAUGCUGCAGGGCAUCAGAGACGCCGCGGGAUCGCCAACUCCUGUUGGUCAAGUCCAACCUCUGAGAGUAAGUCGGAGUCCGGAGCAGACUAACGCGAUCACCAUUGGGGAUGAGCCCUUGAAGAAGCCUGUCGUCAUAGACCUUCGAGAUGAUUUCGAGGAACCGAUCAACUUACCAGUCGCUGCCCGUAAUGCACCGGUCGAAGUGAUCGAGGACGACAUCGAGAUGGCAGAGGCCGACUCCGAGCCCGACUGGGAAAUCAUCGGCUCAGCUCACCGCCCGCUCUCUCACCGCAGUGGCUCGUUUGCUCGGAACCCGACGCAGGAGACGCCAACGCCGGCAUCCCGCUUUCCAAGAAAGCAUGGUCACAUGCUCGAUUGA